CAGGGCAGGCCAGGAGUUCCUAACGGCGUGGGUCCCAUGGGCAUGGCACAUCACCACCCUAUGGCAGGAUACCACGAGGGUGGCUACAUCCAGACAGGCAUGGGCCACAUGGGUCAGUUUCGCUUGAAGGACGGGCCGGAUCUACUGGGGGAGACGACGCUCACGUCUGCAAGUCCGCAGGCCAACAAGACAGAGUCCAAGAAACACCCCAGCUUGCCCAAAGAGGCGGUGGCCAUGAUGAUGGAGUGGCUGCGGAACCACAAAGACAACCCUUACCCUAACGACGACGAGAAAGCCAUGCUGAUCAAACAGACGGGCCUGUCCAUCAACCAGAUCAACUAUUGGUUCACCAACGCCCGACGACGCAUCCUCCCCAAGUGGGCACAGUGCAAAACAUGAUCCAGACGUACGCACGGUUACGAAAACACAGAUUGCCCGUGACAACACGUUUACUCGUAGGACAAAGCAGCACAUUCUUGUCGUUAACUUCCUUUCAAGGUUUUCAGGCCCCUUAGAAUCGAGACUGAGCUUGUCCCAGUUUCUGUAGAAACUAGAUGAGACAGCUUGUAUUGGUUUCUGUUGAGACGAGAGGAGCCCCUUGUCGUAGGAGUUGCCAGAAAGUAAUGUUGUCUUUGUCAAGUGGCCAUCUUCUACAAACCACAUGCAGCGCCCGCGGUCGAGCUUCCUCUUCCCACGAGCUCAGUGUGUGUGUAUGUGUUUAUAUGAGCCGUUACCGUAGUGACAUCGCUACCUUUCAGAUCCGGGUCGCUUGAGGCUUCAGGGUAUUUAAACAGUGGUCAUAACUCAGGUCUUCAAUCAGGUGGAUGUUAGAAGGAGGAAGAUGCCGGACUGAGGAGGAAAAGAAAACAUUAGCCAGAGUGUAAAUGUGGACUGAUUUUUACCCUGCAGUGGUUCAGCAUAGAUUCCCAUGUCUAAAAUUAGUUGAGGGACAGUGGUCCGAACGAGUCAAAUGAGUCAGUUCUGGUUCUAUGUCCCUGGACGCUCCAACUCAGGUCAAGCCAAAGAUGGUCAUGUUGUUGUUGUUACUGUGAGGAGGAAAGCCCUAACGCCUUGCGUUGAGUUGGAUGAUGAGAGGGUUUGCCCUGUAGAGAGUUUCCCUCGAUGAAGAUAAGAAUUAAAAGGGUGGCGGUAGUGCAGUGGUUGUGGUUGACGCAUCUUAACGAAUGCUUCUCUGCCAUGUGUUGCUGGCUGUGUUAUGUGAGCCCGAUGUGCACACAGUGUCAUUGGGAGUUCCCUAUGUGCUGUAUUGGCUCCAGUGAAGCAUUCUGUAACAACAUGAAGCGCAGCGCGUCAUUUAUGUAUGCCAUGUAUGUGCAUCAUGUAAAUAUCUGCACUCAUGCAUCUGUUGUAUCUGUGCACACUAUAUGGUGUUGUGGGAUGUUGCUGAGGAGAGAUGAGCCGCUGUGAACAGGUUCACGUUUGAGGAGAACAGGAUGGAAAUGAAGACUGACUGUUUGAUCAGUUACAGCGUCCUGGCAGGGGAGGGAGAGAAAAGUCUCAGGUUUUAUUGCUGCUGUCUUACUGCCAAAGGAGAACAAGAAGUGUCAUGAGUGAGGUCAUGCAGUGUUGUGACAUGCUGGAACUAUGAUGGUCAGAUGCAGGGUCUGUGACUAUCUUUUAGUUUCCUGAAGUUCUAGAUCUGUGGAGGUCUUCUUCCGUGAAUUUCUAGAGCAGUAACAAUGUUUUCUUUUGGCUAAGAGCUGGUUACAGAGUAUAUGUGUACAGAUUUAGAGUCUACUUUUGUUUGCAAGGUUGAUCCAGGGGGAGGGGAGCUUCAGUUUCUCGUGAUUUUGACACACACUGAAGACAGGAGUGACAACGUCACGUAGAUGUCUGAACAUAUGUCUUCUUCCAAACUGCUGUAGAGGAGAGCAGCCACAACCACCACCACCACCACUACCACUACCACUACCGUCUUCAUCAUCAUUAUCAUCACGCCAACAACUUGGUCGUCGUUGUCAUCGUCAAUGUUGCAAUCAUCCGUUUUGUCACGGCUAGAGACCCACCUGUAGUGAGAUGAGAUGUGGUUAGACUUUAGAGGGGAGCGAAGAAUCUGUCGCUGUCGUAUGUCGGAGAUUAUGUUGCUGCCGUAUGUGGACGCUGUGAACACACUUGUUGCAUUUA